GUGUUUACAGAAAAAAAAAUAAACUAAAGGAUGAAUGAAUCUUUUUAUGAAGUCUCAAACGAUUUUGCAGAUGCUCUAAAGGACAACAAGAAUUCUAGUGAAGGUAUUUACAUGAAUGAAGUCCCAGAAGCUCAAGUGACCAAAACCAAUGAAACAUCUUUGGCUUCAGUUUCAAAACCCACCAGAUGUUACAGACUGGCUGUGGUGUGUCUGCUGAUGCUGGUUGUUCUUUUGCUGGUUGCCAUUGCAAUGCUGUGGGUAAAUUUUAUUAACCUGACUACUGAGAGAGACCAGUUACAGACCAGUUACAACAACCUGACUAUUGAGAGAGACCAGUUAAAGACCAGUUACAACAACCUGACUGAAGAGAAGAACCAGCUACAAGCCAGUUACAAGUACCGCACAUCAGAUAAAGCUGACUUAGAGACUAGUAACAAAAAACUGGCUAAUGAGAGGGACCAGUUUCAGAGAAGCAGAGAUGAACUCCAGAAAAGAUAUUCUCAACUGAAGAAAGACAUUAACACACCAGGAUGGAGAUACUUCAGCUCCAGUAUUUACUACAUCUCCACUGAGAAAAAGAGCUGGAGGGAGGGCAGAGAGGAUUGCAGGAGAAGAGGAGCAGACCUGGUGAUCAUAAAGAGCAGGGAGGAACAGGACUUUGUUGAGGUGUGGAGAAGAGGUGAAGGUGCUUGGACUGGUGCAAAUGACAUAGACAGAGAGGGAAACUGGAAAUGGGUGGAUGGUACACCAGUGAUUAGUGGGUUCUGGAGUAGUGGGGAACCCAACAACAAAGGUGAUGAGGACUGUGCUGUAUCUGGCUAUCGGUCUGAACCUGUACCGAACUGGGUUGAUGUUUCGUGCAGUUCCCAGUAUAUUUGGAUCUGUGAAAAGAAAAUCAAUAGCUGAAUCGUAUAUAAAUGAAGUGUAUAUACAUAUAUUUGGAAUCAGAAUUGCAGUUUUCAGUCUAAUCUGCAUCUUUUGCUGAUACACAUUAUGACUUGAGUAUCUUUCACGUUAAUAUUUUUAUGGAAUGUGUUAACUGUAUUAGUAAAACUGGAUUAUUUUAUUUUUCAUUACAUGAUUAUUUUCUUCUCUUUUGUGUAAAGCACUUUGAAUUACUAUUGUGUAUGAAAUGUACCAUACAAAUUAACUUGCCUUGCUUUGAUCUUUUUUUUUACCACAUAACAAUUAAUGUAAUUUUCCGAAUGAUAUUUGUUAAUUUUUGUUAUAUAAAUAAAAUAAUUUAC